AUGCCUCGUACCUCUUCAGUCUCUACGGCAUCGCUUGAGACGACCUCGCGUCGCUCAUCUGGGAGAGCUCGCAAACCAACCGCUAAACUCGAGGCGCUUGCUGGCACUCACUCCAAUGGUACCGGACAAAUCGGGCCCAGAUACUUGAAUGGAGACUCUCAAAGUCCGAGCAUCCCGACACAAUCAGACAUCCCGAUCUCGGACUCACUGCAAACGACUUCAUUGCUUGAAGAAGAGACCAGCCAUUUGCCCACCCCAAAGAUCUCAGCCAGUCCACCUCCCAGCAUGAAAGGGCCGGAAGCUAUGCCAAUCGAGCCGACUGUUGAGGACACAUCUACUGUCGAGGCUGCUAAGCGAGAAUCUCGUCGAUUCCGAAAGCCUACUAAGAGAGCUCUUGAGGCCGAAGAGAGCAUGCCUGUCGCUAAGCGGCAGCGUCGUAGCAACAGCACGCAAAGUUCUUCUGGGUCGAGAGCAUCAGCAACGCCUUCAGACGUCCAUGCAGUCCCAACAUCUCGAAAGCAGUCAAAGAGCCCUACACCGAAGCGAACUUCUAGAGCUCGAUCUACGAAAGUGAGUAUCUUGCCGAAUGACAGCAUGGCCAGGACGGAAGUUCAAGUAGCGGAAGACACGCUAGACGUGCCAAAUGGCGACAAUCGUGCUGACGAGGAGAGGGAUUCGUCGACUUCGCAACAAAGCGUUCCAUCACCGACGAAGAGUCGACGUCGCAUCUCACGUCCAGUUACUACGACGGUUCCGAACGUAGAAUCCGGCCCUCAAGACCGAUCAAACUCACGGCCGGCACGGAAGACUACCUCCGCAGCACGGAAGGAAGCUCCGUCUGCACAAUCGACGGACAACAACUCGAUGUCGGCUAUAGUCCAUCCUAGCACGGCUAAGGACCUGGUCGUGGCUUCUCCAGUGCAUUCCGAGCAAGAUCUCGGAAAUGGCGUAGCUUCAACGCCAACACGUUCGAGACGAUCGCUCCAUCAGCAGGAUACAGAUACAGCUCUUACUGCUGCAGCAGACUUGCCUGCAGAUCAGGCAAUGAGCAGUGCGAACCAUCGACCCAAAAGAUCUGUCACCAAGCCUGAGUCCUACGCUCCGACACCCAUCAGUCCAGAGAGUGACGAUGGGGCUGAGGGCACGCAGAGCAGCUCUGCUCGUCGCAGCAAGAGGGUUGGCAGUGGCUCGACGAAUACCACUCCCAGCCGGAAACGAUCGGCACCUGACUCUAUCGAGAGCAUAGAUGGAGAACCCAAGCCUGAGGAUCCACCAAAGCAGUCUCUGAAGAUCAUCCUGACAAUUCCUCGCCUCAAAGGGAAGUCGUUACGCCAGCCGUCCAAGUUGCGCUUCUCCGUUAGUGCUCAGGAAGCUGCCGAGGAGUCAGAAGCGGAAAUCCCUCCAGCCGUUCAGGGACCACCACAAAAGCGAGUCAAGGUAGAUCAGAAGACAAGAAAGAGUCCUCUACAACAGCAUAGGGAUUUCCCACAGAAAGCUGCCAAUCCUGGCAAGGCAUCGAAAGCUCCAGCGCAGGCUCUGCCCAGCACCGCUGGAAAGCCGGAGAAGCUCUCUCGUCGGGCUCAAGCCAAAGCUGAGGCACGAAAGAUGGGUGAGUUCCGACAUGCGGCUUUGCCGACCACUCAAAACUCUCACGAAUACCCUGGAACGCCCAUGUACCAAUCAUUCUAUGCGCCUAGUGUUAGACUGAUGUCACCUGCCAUGAGUUGCAACCUGCUCUGUCUGGAUCCUUCGGCCCGGAUUCUGGCCUUCGCACAGAUUGCUGCUGAGUCAAAGGAGUCCGACGAAGACGAGUCAUCUGUUGAUGGGCAGGCUUCUCAACUGUAUGAAAAAUGGCUCGAGAAAGGCCGACCUCGAUUCUGCGUUUGCGGCAGUGCAUCGCAUGAUCAUGCACACCACAAUGGCCAACAGAACUCCAGUGAGCAAGACUCGCCACGAGGAGAAUCAGCAGGAGCUGGGGCUGGUCUUCCGACAGAGAAUGAGGAUGUGGCUGCUGUCAUGCCAAAAGCGGCCGUACUACCCAUCGCUGUUCCUCCUGUCAAUUCGAUCAUGCCUAAAGCGCAAGGUCGAAGAGUGUCAGCUCUGUACAAUGUCUUGACCAGCGGCUCGUCCUCCGGCGGUUCUGGCAGCAGCAGUGCCAUCAACCACAGUCACAGCCAUUCUCCCGUAAGUCAUUCGCCAGGUCUUGACUCGUAUUCAGGCAUGCGAGAGCUGCCACGACAGAGCAUGGAGGCGCAAAACGGCGAGCGAUCAUACGAGGAGCGAAUGCGCUGGGAUCAGCAGAUGCUGGACCGUAUUCGAAAAGAGGCCAGAGAUCUCGGCAUUGCCGUGACCGUCGGCAUGACAUACAACGAGAUCAGAACACGCAUCGAGGCGAAGCGUGAAUCAGCCGGACUGCCCGCCAUCCCGACCACUUUGUCGUACGUACAGGGCUCAGCCAACGGCACCGUCGCACAGUCUUCGGGGCAUCCUGUUGAGGUAGAAGACUCAGACGAUGGCAUCGACGACCAAGUGGCCAACCCCGCAACAGCGUGGCAAGCGCCAGAGGACGACGAUGACCCAUUGCUGGCAAUCAUUGGCGAUGUCCAGCGAGAUGCAAAAAGUGCACGAAAAGCAAAUGAUAAGACUCGACCUGAUUUGCUGAAGAACAAUCUACAGAAUGGAUUCCAUGCUAUGAACGGCGUAAAUGGGCAUGACAUUCCCAGUGAUGGAGCGCCACCAAAGAAGAGACGAGCAGCUCUCAACGGCACUACCGUCAACGGGUUGGGAUCUAAGAUAUUCCUGUCCUCUGGCAAGCGUGCAGCUCACGUUGGUGCCCCGAGUGUCCCCGGUCUUGGUGGAGGGCCUACGGCUCGGGGUGGUGGCCUUACGAACGGCAUUACGCAACAGGAAAGCGAGCAGCGGAGGAUCGAGCAACAGAGGUGGGGACAACUGAGCUAUGAUCAACAGAGAAGCGAGAGGACGCGUUAUGAGUAUUUGGAUAGUCUAUCACGGUGA